AUGGGUGAUUAUAACGAUUUGAUGCAUCAAAGGGAUAAAAGGGGCCGUAAUCCUCAUCCGACAUGGCUACUAAAUGGAUUCAAAGAGGCAAUAUCAGAUUGUGGUUUACAGGAACUGGAAUUUUCGGGGAAUCAGUACACUUGGGAGAGAUCCCAGGGUACCCUAGAAAUGGUGGAGGAAAAGCUUGAUCGGAUUUUCACAACAGACUCGUGGUUAUCACUGUUUGAGGGAGCAAAAGCUUGCUCGCUGACUUGUCCAUAUAGCGAUCACCUGCCGUUACUUCUUACUCCGGUGGUCAUCGCACAUGGCAUUCGUAGGAGACGAUUUUGUUUCGACAAUAUGUGCCUCCGGGAAGAUAAGUGCAGGGAAAUCAUAACUAAUUCAUGGAGUCGGACAAUGGGGCUUGAUGUGCUUAGUAGGAUCGAAACGUGUGGCAGUGACUUGUGGAGAUGGGGAAAAUCCUAUAACAGAGGAUUCCAGCGGAAAAUAGAUGUUUGCAAAGCCAGGUUGGAAACUCUUAGAAUGCGGCGAGAUGGUAGGGGCUUUAAUGAAUAUUCCAGUACAGAACGUGAGUUGCUAUUUUUGCUCAAUCAACAACACGUUUACUGGAAACAAAGAGCUAAGGAACACUGGUACAAGCAUGGAGACCUUAAUACCAAGUAUUUUCAUAAUGCAGUUAAAUCAAGACGCCGUCGAAAUAGGAUAACACGGCUACGGAGAGAGGAUGGUUUGGUUGUUGAAUUUGUGGAUGAUAUGGGAGAAGUCUUGGAUUGUAUUACUGCUCGGUUGAGGCCUGAGGAAAAUAACAGACUUCUUGGAUUGGUUAGUGCGGAGGAGGUGCGUCACGCUGUCUUCCAAAUGCACCCUGACAAGUCACCUGGACCGGAUGGUCUAGGACCAGGGUUUUUCCAGCACUAUUGGGAUAUUGUGGGAUAUGAUGUGACGCUGUUUUGUAGGAGUUUUGUGGAAUCAACUAAAUUGCCUACAAAGGCCAAUGAUACUUUUAUAGUAUUAAUCCCGAAAAAGGCAAACCCAGAUUCUAUGAAGGACCUGCGACCCAUUGCCUUAUGCAAUGUUUUGUAUAAAAUAGCAGCAAAGAGUGCGUUUAUCCCGGGUCGGCUAAUAACCGAUAACAUCAUGCUCGCGUAUGAAGCCCAUCAUUACCUGAAACGAAAGACUCAAGGGAAGGAAGGUGUUGUUGCCCUAAAAGUGGACAUGAGUAAGGCGUAUGACCGAGUCGAGUGGCAGUUUCGAAAGGGUGUGAUGCUAAAGAUGGGGUUUGCUGCAAAGUGGGUGGAUAUAAUGCUUGAAGCGCCAGCUACUAGUAAUAAUCUGGUCACAAUGUUAGGAGUGCGAGAAGGCGACACUUCAGAAAAAUAUUUGGGCCUGCCAUCAUUAGUGGGAAGGAAGAAAAAAGAGAUCCUGGGGUUUUUGAAGGGGAAAAUCAUAAAUAAGGUGCGAAGCUGGAACGCAAGGUUCCUGUCAAGAGCAGGUAGGGAAGUCCUCCUUAAAAAUGUUGUGCAGGCAAUGCCUUCCUAUGCCAUGAUGGUGUUUUUAUUGCCUAUAGGCCUGUGCAAGGAGAUGGAGACAUUGAUGAACGAAUACUGGUGGACAUGCAUUAUUGGUAAUGGUAAAGGAAUUCGUUGGAGGAAUUGGACUUCGUUGUGUAUACCGAAAGCCGGGGGUGGUAUGGGUUUUCGCCGACUGCAUGAAACGAAUUUAGCCUUAUUGGGAAAACAAGCAUGGCGUCUUUUGACAAUGCCGCAUUCCCUUAUGGCUCGGGUUUACAAGGCUAGAUAUUAUCCAACAUCUUCAUAUUUUGAUGUUAAACUAGGAAGUAACCCUUCAUAUAUUUGGAGGGGAAUGCUGGAAGUGCAAAGUUUGUUGAAGGAGGGAUGCCGAAGAAGUAUUGGGGACGGUGCUACAACUGUUAUUGGGAAUGAUCCUUGGUUAACUGACGCCUCGAACCCGUAUGUUACAUCCACAUUGCAUGACUCUAUCGCCCAAGCACCGGUUUCAUCUCUUAUUAGUAUGCAUGGUACCCAGUGGGAUCACGAGUGUGUUCGCGACAUAUUUAAUACCCGGGAUGCCGAACUGAUUCUUAAUCUUCCAUUAAGUGUGAGGAAGCCGCCGGAUGCAUGGAUAUGGGAACCAGAUUCUAAAGGGAAGUACACAGUAAAAUCUUGUUAUAGGAAGUUGUUGGGAGAAUUUAUUGAUCAAAAACCAUGGACCAAGCUGUGGAAUAUGCAGGUAACAGCUUCCCAUUUGUUUAUGGACUGCAAUGAAACAAGGAGGUUCUGGAAUGCAGUUGGUCUGCCGAUUGCUUAUUACGGUAAUAGUGUACUGACCAAAUGGUUUUUUGGAAACAUUGUUAAACUAAAUGGUGAUGACUUAUGUAAAUUUGCAAUGUUUUGUUGGGGAUUGUGGUACAACAGGAAUGAUUAUGUUUGGAAUGGUGUCCCUUAUGUGAUGGCUCAAGUAAUACACUCUGCGUUGUCACUUUGGUUAGCUUGGAAGGGUGUAAAUGAAGGGCAGGUGGUACAGUCCACGCAUGACUUUCGUACUGAACGAUGGUCACCACCAAGUCAAGGUAGGCUUAAGUUAAAUAUGGAUGUGGCGAUGAGUAUGAAUAAUUCUUGUAUGGGUAUGGGAUGGGUCAUUCGUGAUGCUCAGGGUCAUUUUGUUGCAGCUAAAGCCAAAAAAUUUGAUGGGUUUUUCAGUGUUAAAGAGGCCGAAGUUGUGAGCAUUAGAGAAGCGCUAAGUUGGAUUAAGGAGAUGGACAUAGGCGACGUGGAUAUCGAGACAGACUCUCAGCUUGUUUUUUAUGCUUUAUCGUCUGAACCUUUUAAUAACUCUUUUGGUUUUAUAAUUGAUGAUGUAAAAGAAGCCGCGUCCCAGAUUCAUGAUGUGGUUUUUCGUUUUGUGAGGCGAUCUGCGAACCAUGCGGCCCAUGCUUUAGCUAAGGAAGCCGGUUCUGAGUCAGGUUGCGGGGAGUGGUUGAUCUCCCCACCUCUUUUCCUUGUGAACAUUAUUGCUUCUGAUUUAAUGGUAUAA